CUCCUGAAUGCAGCAUGACUCCGACUGCAAGUGAACACGUGGUUGGACGCGGAAGUAGAACUUGACCUCAGAGGCAUGAUACAGUGUAUCAGUGUAGUUUUCCAUCAUAUAUAUAUAUAUAUUUAAUGUUUGAGUAGUACAUGCAGUAUUUGCAGUGAUGGAUCCGAACCUGUUGUACUGGAAGAGCCAGGGUCAGUCUUUCCUCAGCCGAGUUCAGAUCUGGUUCCGUCUCCUCGACCCCUCUGUGCUGCUCUGCUCAGAUGCCCAGAUACAGAGGGCUCACUCUCUGAUGGGGGGCGAAGAGCGGAGGGGACAGGAUGCAGCUGCACAGACCCUCGCUCUCUCGUCCGUCCACGCUGGCUCCGGAGCCGUCCUUCCACUAGUUUUCCGUCCGGCAGCUUUGAUGCCAGUAUCUGCACCCUUGGUGGUUGCCAGUUUCUUACCUCACAGCAGCAUUAAACCAGCUCUGUUUUGGCAGUUGUUGCUGCAGAGUUACAAUGCUGGGUUCAACUAUGCAAACAGAAAUUCUUCAUCGGAGCAGCAGAGUAAGACGUCUCUGAAGCAGCUUCUGUUGAUCGCUGGAACUGUGUCGUACGCAACGUGUGCAGGGGCUCUUCCUCAAAUUUUCAUCAACCGUCUCGGUGUGAGGAGUGCACCCAUCCAGACGUUCUUCAGGUCCUUAUUACCAAUCCCGCUCUCAGCUGCUCUGGCCUUCUUCAGUGUCUCCACCAUCAGAAGUGGGGAGACAGAAGCAGGGAUCCAAGUGUUUGAUUCUAAUGGAAAUCCUGUCGGCAUCUCUAAAGCAGCAGGAGAAAAGGCUGUGAGGGAAACUGCGUUAUCGAGAGCAGCACUGUUUGGUACGACCGCCGCUGUUCCGAAUCUGCUCAUUUUCCUUUUAAGCAGAACGAGACUUUUCCAGAGGAACACUCUGCUCAUGGCUCCUUUCCGUCACAUUAGCAUCGCAUUCAUUCUGGGCCUGAUGAUCCCUUUGUCGUUCAGUCUCUAUCCACAGCUGGGAACGAUAAAGAAGGAAACGCUGGAGGAGGAACUACAGGCUGCAGCCGCCGACGGACACUUAUUCUAUCACAGAGGACUCUGAGCUGCAGUUGCACACAACAGAUACUAAAUUCACCACAAUUAACUCGAAAGCUUGAAAAUAAAUGUCUCGUGCAGCUGAAUAUUUCCAAUCCAUGCAACAGACCGGACAAUGAAAUGCAGCCUUUUCUCAGAUUCAUGUGGAAUAUUCAGUUAAAAAACACAUUUCAAGAAGCCAGACGACCAUUUCUGAUUGUAGAUGUAUUUAGUUAGAAUGUUCAAUGUUUUUAAUCGAUAGUAAAUGUUUCACCAGCUCAUGAAAAUACAUUUAGUUUUCAAACUUACAUAAGCUUUUCUAUGAAUUGCACUCUGUGUCCUAUCUGAAAUACUGAGGCACAAAAAUCAUGAUUUUGGCAACAUGGAAGAAAAUGUUGAUGUCAACAGUAAGACAACAUCUGUAAUGAAUUAAUUUAAAAAUAAAAAUGUGAACAGACAAACAGUGUGAUAGAAAUCACUGUAAAAUCUUUCUAUUUUAGAAAACACUGUUUGAAAAAGCCUCAUAACACAAUCUGCUUCUAUUUCAGUUGUGACACUACAGUCAACAAGAAGUGUGAUGUUUGGGAGUACAGAUGUGCACUGUGGUAGCAAACAUCUGGACAGCUCUAUCGAUGUACUGGCUGAAGAACUACCACACACUUAUUUGUGUCACCAGAACAUUUGAGACAAAUACUGUGGCUCCUGAUUGUCCAUCACUACUAAUGUUAAAAUGAUAAAACUGUCAUUAUCUUAUAUUUAUCUCUAAAUCAACAAAUACCAUGAAAAGACCUGAAUCAACUUUACGUAAGAAACGACUUCGACACACUGAAAUGUCAUGAUUCCUUUAAAAACAAUUCAAUUUGAGUUAAACUUCUUAGAACAUCUGGUCACUGUGGUUUUCACCCAGUGUGGCUCGUUCAUUUGUUCUAAUAGUUUGUCAUCGACAAUCAAUAAGAUAGAAUCACACUGUGAAGAUCUUGAUUCUCUCAUUUCAUGGGAUUUGUUGGCAGGAAGAAAAUAAAACAUUUUUAGAAGAA